AUGGUCAUGACAUGCUCACAUGUCUCGUCACCUAUCAGGAAAACAAGACAACCACACCAGGUACCUGCAAAUAUCCUUCGCAUCCUCGUAGUAAAUUUCCAGAGUCUGAGGGCUAAACGGGCAUCCUUCUGGCUGACUUUGACUAAAACCAAGCCAGACAUCAUCAUUGGCUGUGAGACAUGGCUCUACCCUGGUAUCCAUGAAAAGGAAGUUCUCCCAGCUGGAUACUACUUCGUAGCCAGGAAAGACAGAGAGGCAAAUCGUUAUGGUGGUGUCAUCAUCGCUGCGAAAGACAAUAUAUGCGGCACUGAACUAGACACAGAAUCAACAUCAGAGAUAGUUGCAGCUUCCUUCAAUGGUCUAAACAACAGUCAGCUUGUCAUCUAUUCUACAUACCGCCCACCAAGCAGCGACCUCACUUACAUGGAAAAGCUCUGCACAGGCAUCAAGAAGCUACACACAGAGAACAAGAACGCCACCAUCUGGAUUGCAGGUGAUAUGAACCUACCAGAUAUUGAUUGGACCUUAAACUCUGUGGAUGGGUCAAACUACCCUAAGAACAUUAGCCAGUGCAUGCUUAACACUAUGUAUGACAUUUCAUCUGAACAGAUUGUGGAUUUUACAACCAGAGGCAAUAACACCCUGGACCUCUUCAUAACAAAUAGACCUUCACUUAUCGAACGUAGUAAUGCACUCCCAGGACUCAGUGACCAUGACAUGAUCCUUAUGCAGGCCAGGACUAUAGCAGCACGAACAAAAGCAACACAGAGGAAGAAACUUUUGUGGAAAAGGGCUGACCAGACCACCAUACGCUCCGCUGUACAAGAUUUCUCAAACAGCUUCAUACAGGACCACUCUGCCACAUCUGCUAUUGACAACAUGUGGACCGACUUCACAUCUGCAAUCUCACAGAUCAUAGAAACCACGGUCCCAUCCAAGAUGUCAACAACUAGGCACAACCAACCUUGGAUCACAGCAAAGAUCAAGCGCCUUUCUAGAAAAAAGAAAAGAGCAUUCAAGAAAGCCCAGUGCCCAGGGACAGCAGACGACAUAAAGCGGUACAAAGACCUUCAAAAGGAGCAACACUAUGAAUGUCGGAAGGCAAACCAAGCCUAUGUAAGAGACAUGGUUACAGAAAACCCUAAGAAGCUCUACACUUUCAUGAAAGGGAAGCGGUCUGACAGCACGGGAAUCUCUCCACUAAAAUGUGAUGGUGUAACUCACAGCGACCCGAGUAAGAAAGCUACAAUAUUGAACAAACAGUUCACUGGGGUGUUCACUACAGAAGACACAACAGAUGUACCAGCCAUGGACGGAGAAAGAUACCCAGACAUGCCUCACUUCACAGUAGGACCUGAGGGCGUUAAGAAACUUCUCCUCAGCCUCAACCCAAUAAGGCCUCUGGUCCUGACAAUAUACCUACACAAUUCCUGA